AUGAGGAGUCGAUUUAUCCUGGUCGAGCGCGCUCUCUUUUGUGUCCUCUUCCCUUUCAACCAUCUUUGGGUAUGGAGAACGCAUUUUCCGUGCCCCAAACCCCGCAAACCCGGAGUCAAGAAAGCGUACCCGGUUUAUUUUCUGUCACCUCUAGAUUCUCGGAGCGUAAGCAGAAAGAUGCAAUGGCGACCUCACCUCACGGUUGCAGAAGCCACACGGACUUUGAUCUCGACUAGGGCGUCAAUCUCACCGUUCUUGGCAUUCUCGACGAGAUCUCUUGUCCGGUCUUGGCUUUUCCCAAAUUCCCCGAGAUAA